AUGAAGUCAAUAGACCACAACUCGCCGAUUCCUGAGACAGAAAUAAGUUCCAUGGGACGGGUUCCUUUUGUCGGGUCCCUUUUCAUCGGUUGGCACCGCUUACAAGACAACACACGAUCCAUCACCUCACUUCUCCUCCCGGGCCAUCUGUCUGCUUUUUGUGGGUGGCAUGAAAUCCAGGAGUUUCAACGCGAUGCCAUCCAGUGGGACGUAUGCACUGCAGAGCUGUGGUCACCGGACUGGUAUCAUUCUCGAAAUGAUGAAAAGCGCAUCCAUGUGUAUUUCAGAGGCAACUUGACAAACCCCUUCGUUAUGUAG